GACUAUCCUUUCUGGUUGAUUGAAUAGUUAUUUUAUUCAACUUACAAGCUAUGUUUUCCAGCUUCUGUAAAAUCUUUUAACAUACAUUUCUGAUUCAUUUCUAGAAUGGCAUUCUAGAGAUUCCACAUUGGGAAAUGGAUCUGACUUAUGUCUGAGAACAUUAUGAGAAUGUGGUUGAAUAUCAUUCGAGGACUUGUACCGAACAAACAAGAGAAACUGCAGAAUCGUAUUUCUUCUAUGCCACUCGCAGCGACAAGUAACGGAGUCGAACAAGUACAUGCGGUCAAAAGUUUGGAAACGAAAAAAUUCGAGUCGAGCACUGAGGAAGAAUCUGGGCGUCGCGUUUCUUCGUGCUAUCUGAGAGACAGUAUGAUUACCAGGAUGAGAACACAAGGAGUAUCCCAGGAUGACCUUGUACGCAAACUUUUUGGACUAAAUAAUGUGCUGUGGGUUUUGUUCUCGUUGUAUUUUUUGCGUCUGUUAGUUGUUCGUACUAUUCAUGGUUUAUCUCCUGUUUGCAUUGACUUCUUGUUGACAAGUAUCUAUGAUGCUCCAAAAAUUAUACUCAUGUUUGGACUUAUUUGGGCGAGCUCCUAUGCUUUCUAUUUAAUACUUUAUUUAGAAAGAAAGAAACUUCUUUCACGUAUGCUAACGAAUGCCCUAUUGAGGUUUUGUUUACUUUUGCUACUUAUACUUCCUUGUAAAUGGGUGUUAUCCUGUGAAUAUCCAGUUGUUCCUUCUUUUUCUGUGGCAGCUCAGGCGACUUGUUUUUUCUUAAAAAUACAUUCGUUCGUUGCAGUGGUCGAAAGAGAAUGUUGGAGAGGAACCAGUUUGGAUUUAUUGUUAGAUUGGAAAAUGUUUUCUUAUUUCCUGGUUGCACCAACUCUAGUAUAUCGUGUGAAGGGUUAUCCUAGAACGAAAGAAAUUAGAUGGAAAUGCUUUUUUGGUUUGUUCAUUCAGGGAUGUGGACUGUUGUUUGUGAUGUAUCUUAUCAUGACCGAAUAUAUGUUACCAUUGUUUCAUAAUGCUUCCGACAUUCAUAGCAUAGAAUUUGUAGUUACGCUCAUUGUACCAACUGGAAUUUUUUAUUUACUUUUCUUUAUCCUUAUUUUUGAGGUUAUGCUCAAUGGAUUUGCGGAACUUACUCGUUUUGGUGAUCGGUUAUUUUAUGAAGACUGGUGGAACUCUGUAACGCAUGACGAAUUUCUAAGAAAAUGGAAUAGACCAGUUUAUAACUAUUUGAUGAAAAUUGUUUACAGUCAUUGUCGUAAAAUGGGGACAAACAGAUUGAAAGCGAUGACUUUGACAAUAGCAUAUUCUUCAGUAUUGCAUGAGCUUGUUCUUGCAGUGUCCUUCAGACGUCUGAGAUUGUACCUUAUGUCACUUAUGAUGACACAAACACCGUUAAUUUGGUUGAUGAAUAUUCUGCUUCGUAUUCAAGAGCGUAGACCCGUUUAUCGCCAAAUAUCGAAUAUUUUCUUCUGGAAUUAUAUUUUCUUAGGUCCUACUUUGCUGAUGUUGAUAUAUUCACGUGAAUACUAAAUGUUUAGCUGUAAUACGAAUUCAAAUUCUGUAAAACAACUGCGGAAAGACAAAUAGAAAGGUUGAAAGUGUGUUACAGUCUUCGAUCAUUGGAACAACAGCUAGACAUGUGUCAUAUCAGAAAAAAGCGAUGGAAAACUUUUCACCGUUUUCAAAUUUGCAUAUGAUUGAGUUAAAAGUAACCGAUAGGGAAUGAUUGGACAACCUUUUGUUGUUACUUCCCCUGGAUUGUACGGAAUAUUUUGGAAAGACAUCCUGGUUUGGAAAAGUUUUGAGAACUUCACUUGGAUUAAAGAUAUUAAGAGACUGAAUGAAAUGGAGAGUUAAGUUGAGACUGAGUCUUGUGAAGAAUGAUGAAAUCGUGAUAUGUCAUUAAGUGACGAAGUCAUGACCAUUUGAUGACAAGAAAAGCAUAGUAUCAAAAAACUCAUGAGAGAGUUGGCUUGUAAAAUCAUUCUCGCUCAACGAUAUUCUACAUUUUUCGAUGGCAGCGUCGUUAAGUGUUUCAAACGUAUGCAGAAUGCCAUUUUGUAACUCGCAUGUCUCAACAACUGAUAGAAUUGCCUUGUGGAUUUUAUGCUUUCUUAAAGCAAGAUAAUAGCGUUGUUACUCUAAACUUGUAAUAUGACAUAGAGCUAAUUCUGUUUGU